UGUUGAAAAGCGAUUACCCUGAUAGGUCGCCAUCACAGAGAUUUUGAAGUUUGUUUUCAAAUUUAUAAAAUAAUAAUGGCUAUUUUAAAGCUUUUUUAUGAAUUUCUCUAACGAAUUACACUCUAGAAUUGUACAUUUUCGUUUUGUCUUAUUCGGCUUCUAAUAUUUUAAUCAGUUUUAUGAGAAUUUUCGAAAUUGCAGAAGCAUUUUUGUCACUUCAGAAUCUGCUUUUUUAUUUUGUCGAUUUAUGGUUCUUAAAUUAAUAUUGUAGAUAAUUUUAAGUUAAAAAUGAGUGGAAAUGGUGAAGACGAGAAAGAAGUACCUAAAGUGUUGCCUUUGGACUUGGCCAGGACACAAAUAGCAGCAGUUAGAGCUGGGGAUGGUAAUAAGGCACCUUUGGUAGUGCCAAGCCAAGCUCUCCGAAAUAUGAGAGUUUUAACGCAAAGCGUUUCAACAAAUAGCAACUCUGCCGCAGUCGGACAAGCUAUAAUCACUAAUUUAGUACCCCAAGCAAUCAUAAACCAAGUAGACCCUUCGAAGACUCAGAUAACAAAUAUUGGGGGACCUAGUCAAGGACAAGCACAAACACAAGUGACCGGGACAUUAGCAAUACAAAGAUCAGCCCAAAUUACUCUAUCCACAGCGCCGGUAGUGGCUCAAAAUACAGCAGGUACAUCCUAUCACGUACCCAGAGGCCCCGCGGUUGUCGCAAAUUUAGCAGCCCCAAGAAGUAAUGUGGCAACAGUUAGGGCACCUUUAAUUGUGACUGCACAGAACAGUCAAGCUUUUGUCAGGCCUCCAAGGACUCCUAGUCCAGCUCCUGGUACAGCAUGGUUAACAAACACAUCAAAUGGAUCCCAAAAAAAGGGGGCUUCAACUGUCUUAAGCUCUCCAGUGAGAGGGGCGACGGUUACUGGUAAACCUCAAGUCGUAGGCAGACCUCAAGGAACUGCACAGUCUGUUAUACCUAACCUAAAAGCAGGGACAAUCAUCCAGAGCGGUAUAAUAGGUCAGACAAUUCAUUCUUUUAAACCAGCAUCUGGUACUAUACAGACUUUAGGUGCUCCAGUGACCCUGGCCCAAAUGUUACCAGCCAGAACUCAAGCAGUUGUUUUUAGUGCGAAUACAGUGGGUCAGUUUACGCCUACAGGCCGGAUAACUGUCACUACAGCGGCGGCGCAGAAUCAAGUUAGGCCUCCUCAAACCAGACCACUGGGCCCUGUGGUGACUGGUACGAGACUUGCUGUGCCCAUUUCUCAGGUUCAGGCUCAGACUUCGCGAAUUUUGACUCCACAACAGAGUGGUGGUGGUUCUUUGACAGUAACGCCUAGGAUUGGUCAGCAAUCCCAGCCUCAGCCAGUUCUGGCUACGACAAGGAUUGGGACCACACAAGCGACGGCUAAUGUGGUGGGGCGAUUAUCAGUAACUCCAUCUACGAUAUCCGGGUCUGUAACUAAUGUUAGUAAUAUACCGACUACACAAGCCAGAAUAUCGACAUUGUCCACGUUAAAUUUGCAGUCUUUUAUGGUGGCUAAUGGUGGACAUGCCCGAAUGCAAACCACCCAAGGGCCUAAAGUUAUAACUCAGCCUGCACAAGCCACUAUUCAUUUGACGCAAAUAUCGCCACAAAUAAAGACAUCGGCUGCUGUUGUAUCAACCGGUGCCAGAACAAUAAAUGUGCCAGCUUCCAUCGUACCGCAAAGGACGAAUUCCAUAGCCCCGUCUCAAGCCAUAUCCAUAGCCAAAGUCUUUCCAGCAUCGGAAGGCCAGGGCGGUACCACCACCGUUUUUGUCCCGACUCCAUUGCAAACGACGACCGCGCAGAGACGGACUUCGCCAAGUCCAGUCACUGGCAGUUCUAACGUCCCGCAAACUGUCAUGACGGCUACGACAGUCGCUUCGUAUUCUCUCACCGGCCAAGAAGGGAGUCCCUUUUUCUAUGACACCACCGGUACGCCAGCGGGUACCUUCCAGAGAGCCUUCGUCAGCGGACAGCAAGUUACUGGGGCUUUCGCAGCGCAGCCUCAACAGCAAAAUAAUACAAGCAGGCCCCUUGGAGCCCCUAUAACCAACCAACAGCUACAUGGUAUAGGUAUGAGGUUUAAUUCGGUGAUGGUGGUGGAACAGAGUGGUGCUGCGCAGACGACACACUUUCAGCCCGUUUCUGCGCAGGCUGUUACAGAGCAUUUAGAAAUAAGUCAUUCGCAGCCGUCGCAGUCAAAGGUUACUUCGUCACCCAGGCCGAGCAUACUAAGAAAAAGGGAUCACGAAGGUUCCCCGUUAAAAGCCGCGAAGAACUUGACUCCGGCCCUGCAAAAUUUGGCGCAGCACGCCGCCGCGCAGGUGCCGGCCUCGCCGUCUCCCCCGCCCAGGCCGGAUUCCCGAGGCAACGGUCACAGUUCCGGCGGAAGUACCACCAUAUCUGCCACUUCCAGUCCCGGUUUACCGGAAGUGAACGAAGACAGCAAUCCCGCCGUAACGAUGAAUCUCAAGGAGGAGGAGGACGAAGAGACCAAACCUCCCAUGGAGAUGAGUCCGCGGAAGAAGCCCAGAAAGCAACAACUGACCGGAAAUGAGAUAGAAGAAAAUCAUGACGAUAUGCAGUUCAUAUCCGAUACAGGCAAGAAGGAAACUUACGAUUCGGAUGGUCCGCAGUCCGAUGGAGGGCCGAAAGAUGGCGCUCCCGAAGCGGUACGUGUCACCACGUUACGCAAACCAGCUACGGCCAGUCUUCUAAACGGGUACCGUCAGACGUGGAAAGCCACUCACAACCACUAUCAGAGGUAUUCAGAUGUGAAGCCGAAAGAUGAACGCAGGCCGACCAUCAUGGACCUGGCCAAUCAGAAUAAAGUGACUGAGAAGAUCAAUGGAUGGAAGAUACACCAUCUGUCAACGCAAAUGGAAGAUCUGGCUGAACAGGAACAAACAGUCUAUGAUCAGUUAACUGAACUGUUAAAAGUGACAGAAUCAGAGGAGAACUCGAAGCAGAUCGACAAAGAAGUCAACAGGGUCAAUGAAUUAAUAAAAGGUAAUCUGCAGAGGAUCAAAAUCAUCAAUGACGGUAUGCUGGAGGCCAAAUGUCAAAUAAUGAAAAUCUUUGACCAUCAGCGUCACGUGAACGACAUAGUGAACCGGUGCGCAAGCAAACGGAACUUCAAGAAAAGGGAGAAAAUCUAAUAAAACUAGGGAAAUUGCAAGAGUCGAAUCAAAGGACACGCGUUGUACAUUUUAUUUUUCGUGUUUUUUUUUAUCGAAAAUUCGGUUUGUCUGACAAAAACUUAAAUUUAAAGUUAAUUUUCUGUAAUUAUAAUAUUAUAUAGGUAAACAGAGAUAAUAUAUGUAUAAAUAUAAGCGAUUUUAUUAACU